AUUUUGCGCAAUUGCGGAGUCCAGGGAGUUUGUGCCCGGGAGUGAGGCGUCCAAGUUGUCUUCAGCUGCCCCUGGCGCACCUUGGGUCCCUCUGCUCCGUCCCCAAGCUGCUGCACGUCGCGGCGCAGCGAUAGCCUCAUCAUAUCCAGGCAUAAGAAUGAAGGCAGCCCUUUUGACGGUGCUUCUCGCGUGGGCCUCGACCGCCGAGGCGGCGGCGCCCUGCAACGGAGAUAACAGCGACGCCGAGCGCAUCCUAAAGUGUAUCAAGCAGUUCUCGGCGUCGGAGUGGAAGGGCUGUACGCACGAUGAGAAAUACGAGUGCUAUUGCAGCAACGACGACGGCGUGAACUACUGCUGCGGCAGUGACGACCAAGCGGAGGCGAUAGAUAUCUGGUCCCAGUGCCUCGGCGUCGAAGACAAGGGCUGCGACCGGAGCAAGUGUUCUUCGGCUUGGGACGACUGCUGCGCCCCGGACGGCGAGGCCGCGACCUGUCGAGACGGCUACAGUACGGUGUAUACCGGCGGCGGCUGCGCGUGGUUCAACAACGGCGACUACACCUGUUGUCCGCCGGACGGCUCCUCGUCGCCCUCCGAUGGGCUCUUCGUCGCUGGGCCCUCGACGGGCAAUUAUUAUGAAGCCGUGGCGUACUGCUCAAGUAUAAAUGCCGAAGUCGCGGUUAUCCGCAGCUCGCAAGAGAAUGAAAAAGCGCGCCAGGCCUGCGGAACCAGUUCCUGCUGGAUAGGACUCGUAGAAGAAGGCGGCAGCGUGGGUACUAGCCCGGGUAGUCAGGUAUGGAAGUGGCCGGACGGCACCGGGCCGGCGUAUGUUAACUGGCAAACCGGCGAGCCGAACAACUAUGAUGGCACCGACGAGCGCAACGCGAUGAUAAAUUGCUUCGUUGAGGGCCUCUGCGGCGAUGGCGGUGGCAAGUGGUACGACGCGCCAGACACUUGGGACGGAGCGAAGCCCCUCUGCCGCACGGACGACGGCUCGGGCAGCGGGGACGGUGGCAUUUUUACGAUCACAAGCUCAAACGGGGUCUGGGACGACUGUCCAAGCGAGUGUGCCGCCAUCGGGGGCACCUUCACUUGCAUUGCCGACGAGGCGCAGAACAUCCAAGCCUUGGCGGCGUUCCGGGGUCACUGUCCCGGCGGGGCGGACGAUUGUGGAGCCUGGAUCGCGGUGAGCGACGAGGCGUCGGAGGGCAACUGGGUCUGCACGGCCGACGGCAGCCCGCAAACCUAUCAGCCUUGGUCCGCCAUCGGCAAUGAACCGAAUGGCGGCCCCGGCGAGAACUGCGUGAAUAUGUGGGGCCCGAACUCGGGAAGAAACGACGGCGCGUGGAACGACUACGGCUGUACCGACGCUCGCAUGCCGUGCAUCUGCAAGGGCGGCGACGCCGGCGCGGGCGCCACCUCUACUACUACGACCGGUACGAACUGCCGGAGUGACAUAUGCACUGUGCGUUGUCCGAGUCCGAGCCUCGUCGCGCCAAUCCCACGCCAUCGAUGUCGGCUCGAUGGGACCGAGAUUUGAUCGUCGACUGUCACACAGGACUACGCGGGCGACUGCUGCGCGCCGGGCUCGGAGCCGCGCGGGUGCAGCAUGGCGGGGUACGAGGUCGAGUCGGACCCGUACGGCGCGUCGGGCUGGGGACCCUGCGUGAGCACCUACGGCCAGCAGAGCGUGUACCAGUGUUGCUCCGAGGAAGGCGGCUCCUCGUCGCCCUCCGAGGAUCUCUUCGUCGCGGGCCCCAACGGUGGCAACUACUACGACGCGGCCGCCUACUGUUCCAGCAUCGGUGCGGAAAUCGCCACCAUCUAUAGCUCGGCGGAAAACGAAGCGGCGCGCAUUGCCUGCGGGGGCAGUAGCUGCUGGAUCGGACUGAGUGAGCAGGGCGGUACGGUCGGCACGGCCCCGAGCAGUCAGGUGUGGACCUGGCCGGACGGCAACGGCGCGUCGUAUUUUAACUGGCAGCAGGGCGAGCCGAACAACUGGGCCGGACGGGACGAAAAGAACGCCAUCAUGAACUGCUGCGGCACGUGGGGCCAGGAGUCGUCGGGCAAGUGGUACGACGCGCCCUACGACUACGACGAACCGCGGCCCCUCUGCCGCACGGCCGCGGCGGGUUCGAGCUCGAGCUCGAAGAAGGGGAGCGACGACGAGCCGGAUUCGGCGUCGGCGGGCUUCAUCGUGGCGAUCCUGCUCCUCCUGCUCGUCGUCGUUUUGGUCGGUGGGAUCUAUGUAUUGUACAAGAAGGUCCUGAAUCUCGAGGCCCAGCGCCGGCCACCGACGAAUCCCGGGGCGUUCUUCGAGGUCGGCGCCGUCGAGCUGGAGACGACGAGUCACAUGGCGCAUCCGCCCAAGCCGGGCUACGUACCGCAAUAUCCCCAGACCGCCGCCGUGGAGGUGCCGGCGGCUCCGUACUCGCCGCCACGAGCCCAGGUCUUGACGGUCGAGCCGUCCGCGCCAGAACGGGGGACCAUGGUCUAGGCGCGGUCCGGUCGUCGCGCGAAGCCUUCCUCUGGCCCUUUCCCAGGUGUUUAUAGUACUUUCCUUACAAAAA